AUGGCCCCUACCAACCGCGCCGCCUGGCUCACAGCAGAAAAGGCCUACCCUCUCGAAGUCAAGGAAGCACCGUACACUCCACCUGGUGAUAACGAGAUUGUUAUCCACAACCGUGCAAUCGCCCUGAACCUAGUCGACUACGCGCGCCAGCUCAUGGGCGCUGAUCUAUUUGCCUGGACCACCUACCCUGCCAUCCUUGGCACAGACGUCGCUGGCGAGGUUGUCGAAGUGGGUGCGAGUGCUGCAUCACGGUUCAAGAUUGGCGACCGCGUUGUCGGCCUGGCUAGCGAACUCAAGAACAACACCCCUCAUGAAGGAGCCUUCCAGGAAUACGUCGUUCUCCAGCCUCAACUCGUCUCUCACAUUCCUUCCACUCUCUCAUUCGAAGAUGCCUCCGUCAUCCCGCUGGGAAUCAGCACAGCAGCCUGCGGCCUCUUCCAAAAAGAUCACCUCGCCCUGCAGCUCCCAACCCAGCCCCGAGCCCCAGCAACCGGCGAGACCCUCCUCAUCUGGGCCGGCUCAUCGAGUGUCGGAAGUAAUGCAAUCCAGCUAGCCGUUGCAGCUGGAUACGGAGUAUUCACGACCGCCUCGCCCAAGAACUUUGAGUAUGUCAAGUCUCUCGGCGCCAGCCAGGUGUGGGACUACCGCAGCCCAACAAUUGUCGAAGAUAUCGUUGCCGCGUUCAGCGGAAAGGUAUCCGCCGGCGCGCUGGCGAUCGGCGAUGGUGCGGCCGGUCCGUGUGCGGAAAUCAUCUCGCGUGUGGAAGGUAAGAAGUUUGUUUCGCUGGCGAGUCCGGCCAAGAGUCAGCUGGCGGGUGGCGUCUCGUCCAAGUUUAUUUUCGGAGGGGAUCUGAAGGACAAUGAGGUAGGGCCUGCUAUAUUCGAGGCAUUUUUGCCCAAGGCGCUCGAAGCUGGGACGUUCCAGGCUAAGCCUUCGGGCGAGGUUGUUGGGCAUGGGCUUGAGGCUAUUCAGAAGGGGCUGGAUGAUUUGAAGGCAGGGGUUUCGGCAAAGAAACUUGUAGUUACGCUUUAG